AGACACUAGAGGGCUUCAUAGGCGCAUAAAUGGUGUUCUCUCUGUCAAUACGGCAGUAGAUAGGCAUGGUGGUACAUACUGUACAAGUAUUCUACUGCAAACGUGAUAAAGUAACGACGGGGCUGGAGAUUCCACGCGCUGUUUCUGUAGAAGCGCCCACGCAUGCCGAAAUGGAGGGCUUCAUCGGAAAAGCCUUGCACGAUAUUUCAAACACGGGCAAUGUUUGCAGAUUCGUGAAGUUCAUGAAAAAUAAUUCGGGCCGGCUGCAGUGAAAACUUGCUUAUCCCGGGGGUACCUCAGUUUACUAUGUGUUGCCCAGAAAUUCCCUUUCUCGUCCUAUUGCAAUACCUGAACACAAACCGCCUCUUAAAAACACGGGCCCAGCCAAAAUCGGAUUGACCGUGCCGUACGGAUGCAACCCCUCCUGCUACUCGGCCCUUUGGAAACAGCUCAAGGAAAAGAAUGUGAUGGAACAGUUCAACCCCGGCCUCCGAAACCUUGUCAACCUGGGCAGGAGCUAUGAAAAAGCUGCAGCAGCCAUGUCUCUGGCCGGUAGGGCCUACUUCGAUGCCGUUUCCAAGAUAGGAGAGAAUGCUGCAGUGUCUCCAGUUUCCAGGGAACUGGGCGUUGUUCUUAUGGAAAUCUCGGAAGUGCAAAAGAAGAUCCAUCUAGAACUCGAAGAAAAUUUUAAAAAAUUUCACAAAGAAAUCAUCGCUGAACUGGAGAAGAAAACCGAAAUGGAUGUGAAAUACAUGACUGCAACCUUUAAAAGAUACCAGACCGAGCACAAGUUGAAAUUGGACUCUCUAGAAAGAUCUCAGUCUGAUCUGAAGAAACUCCGGAGAAAAAGUCAAGGGAAGAAUGCGAUCAAAUACGAGUCGAAGGAAAGCGAGUGCAUAGAGACCAUCACCUCUCGACAGGAGGAGAUCCAGAGGUUCAUCGCUGAAGGCUGCCGGGAAGCGCUGUUGGAGGAGAAGAGGAGGUUCUGCUUCCUGGUCGACAAGCACUGCACAUUUUCCUAUCAGAUCAGCUCCUUUCACGACAAGGCCAGAGACGCGCUGAACGCGAAGCUGCCCUCCUGGCAGGAGAAGUGCUCCGAUGCCACGAAGGUGCCAGACAGCGUGCUGAGCAUGAUCGAGGGCCUCCGGACGCCCGUGUCCGUCACCCCGCAGCCCUCGCCGGUGCUGAGCCACUCCAGCGCGCAAAGCACCGACGUGCCAAAGCCGCCCCCUGCGCCCCCACUCAAAGCCCAGACCAGCCCCCUUGUGGAUAUGUUCAGCCCUGCUGCUCCCAAGGCCUCCGUGACAACACAGAGAAGCUCAGUGAGCAGCGGCGAAGACGGCAGCCUGUCCAGGUCCAUCUCCGUCUCCACGGGGCUGAACAUGAUCAAGCGGCCGAAGGUGAGGACCAUCUUCCCGCACACGGCCGGCAGCAACGACACGCUGCUGAGCUUCGAGGAGGGCGACGUGAUCACGCUGCUCAUUCCCGAGGAGAAGGACGGCUGGCUGUACGGGGAGCUCGACAAGACCAGGCAGAGGGGCUGGUUCCCAUCCUCAUACUGCCGGCCUUACAUCGAACCGCUGGGGAGCAGCAGCAGCGUGACGCCAGCUCGCAGCGUCAGUGUGGCCAACCUGGCGGACCAGGACCGAGGUGCCAUGGUUCUGCCGCCCCCAGAUUACAACGACUCUUCGCCAACGAGGACGGCUCCGUUCAAGAGCACCCAGUCUUCCCCCGAGCACACGGUGUCUGAACCCAACGGCAUCCCGAAGCUGCCUUUCCUGGGGGGGGGUAACCCAUUUACCACCGUCAAGCUGCGGCCCACUGUCACCAACGACAGGUCGGCCCCCAUCAUCUGAAGGCGCGGGGAGCCUGUAUCCCCACGGCGUGGGGCUCCCCUGCUGUCGGGUGUGAGCUCUCCCACAACCGGAGCCUGCGGGACCCUCUCGCACCGCGACACCCGAGGACAGAGGGCCUGCGUGUGGCGGUGUGAAACAGGGCCAGAGCUAUAUUUUUAAGAGCUUUUUUGUUUUGUUGUUGUGAAUAACUGUACACAGGUAUAGGAUCAUGACUCGCGGACAGAGGUCUGGACAGGGUGUUGCAUCAGACUUGUACAUUUUAUUUCUUUGGAGAAAGUUGAAAAAAACACCUGUCAUCGUAUGAGUGUACUUGAAGACGGAGUAGACCAUAUAUAUAUUUUUUUUUGCUUGUUAAAAAAGUCUUUAUUUGCCAUAGUAUGCUAGACAGAAUAUGCUGUAUGGGAUAUGGAAUUAUUUUUUUGCAUAAAUGUAAAUAUAAUAUUUAGGAUAUAAAAAGUUUAUGUUCUUAAAAGUUCAUUCAGGAGGAUGUUGUCUUGAUGUUUUUAGUAAGAUGCUUGGGCGCUGCCACAGUCCUUAAGCAGUUCCUUACACUUGAGUAUUUCGGAUUGGGACAGAUAUGCCUUGUGGAAAUACGCGUUACAACAGAUUUUACCAAAGACGUUUGCCUAAUGAAGAGUGCCACCUACAGGUAACAUGUGGAAGGUUUCUGUGGGGGCUGCUACAUAACGAACACCGUAAAAUGUUUUAUUCCCUUAGACUUCAAGAAACAUUAUUCAGCUCCAGUCCUCAUUCACACUUCUGAUAGUUCAUUACCCCCUGUAGCUUUGUAUAAUGGGAGGCAUUAAGAGCAACAAACACUAGUGGUUUAAGCUUAAGUUUCUAAUGUCUUCCAGUUUAUAAUGAGGCUUUUGCAAUUAAAACAAACUUUGCCUUAAGAGACUUUCUCUUCCUUGUGAUAUUUUUCCCCCAAACAGCAUUCCUUCUCCCUUUCUCCCACUGGAAAUACAGAACACAAAGUGAUAGGACCGAAUACUGUGUCUGCAGGUGGAUCCAUGUCAACUCUCAGACCCAAAUGAGAAGUGUAGAUUUGCCUUUUCUGGUUUUGUUUUUUUCCCUGCUACAUUUCUGAUGGAGCCUGUUUUUGUGACUGAGCUUUGAUGGUUGGCUGGUAAAUGCAUUCAAGUCCAAAGGCCAACAAGCUGUCCCAGAAACGGAAACAUUCUGUUUCUUGCAUAGGCGUUUUAUUUUGAGAGAAAAUGAGGUAGAGGAGCUACACUUGGCUAGUGAUUUUUCCUCAUACAAUAGAAUGCUUUUCAUUUUUUUAUAUUGUUUAAAUAACAAAAGUAUAUUUUAAACCGCUGAUGUAGAUUCUGUUGCUUUGCUUUCCUGUGUCUCAAUGAAGAUCCCAAAACUCUUGGGAAAAUUAAGUGUCAGUGUGAACUGCAAUAAUAUAUUUAAUAGGGUUGAAGUGAGAAUGUUGUUCGAUGAUCUGGCUAUGGCCACUUUUCCUUCAUUGUUCCAGAAUAAAAGCUUUCUGAUGAAGCAGGGGG